GCGAAGUGGGUUUUGGAUUUUCACUCUCUCCUCCUCUCUAAAACCCCGAAGGUUGAUCGUGCUCGUAAUGGCGGAUUUCCAGACCUCGACUCACCGAGCCAAGUGGAUAUUCGCUCCUCAUGAUCUGGCUGAAAAGUACAGGGCUGCUAAUCAGAGAGCGAUACAAACUCUCGAGAAGUAUGGAGCAACACGCAUGGAAGUAGAUGUUGAUGGAUCGUUGCUAUACCGUGAGGCUCAAGUUAAUUCGAAUGACAAGCAUUCCCGUCCAAAAUCACUUAAUAUUGAGGAAGAACAGUUUUUGAGGAUGUUCUAUGAAAAUAAACUUCGAGAAGUUUGUGGAGCCUUUUACUUUCCGCAUAAAGUUCAGGCAACAGCUCUCAUAUACUUCAAAAGGUUCUAUCUACAGUGGUCGGUCAUGGAACAUCACCCAAAGGACAUAAUCUUAACCUGCAUAUAUGCAGCAUGUAAAAUAGAAGAAAAUCAUGUAUCCGCGGAGGAGCUUGGUAAGGGAAUCUCACAGGAUCAUCAAGUCAUUCUCAAUAACGAGAUGCUAGUUCUUCAGAGUUUAGAGUUUGAUCUUAUUGUAUAUGCACCAUAUCGCUCAAUCGAAGGUUUUACAGAUGAUGUUGGGGAUUUCUGCCAUGCAGAGGAUGACCAGUUUCAAUUGCUAAAGGAAACUGCAAAAGAGGAAGUAGAUAAAAUUAUGCUUACUGAUGCACCACUUCUCUUUCCUCCUGGACAGCUGGCAUUGGCGGCUUUGCGUCGUGCUAAUGAGGUGCAUAGUGUUUUCGACUAUGAGAGAUACCUAGAGAACAUGCUCGUGUGCCAAAAUUCCAUCCACUGCAGCACAGAGCUCAUUGAACAUCUGAAUGUCAUAGAUUCCUCGGUUAGGACAUAUAAAUUCCCUUCCGAGAAGGAUAUGAAACACAUUAAUAGGAAGCUGAGAUCUUGUUGGGGCCUUAGUUCACAUGAUGAUAGUAAGAAACGAGAGAAGAAAUCAAAGCACAAAUCCAAGCAGAGUGCAGAUUAGAUGCACGAUGGGUCAUCUCUUGCUUAACAAAAUGCUUCCAGUUCUUAAAUAACUAGUCGUUGAUUCAUGGCAGGUGUCUGCACAGCUGAAGCAUUGUCAUUAGUGCUGCACUGGUCAAAAUAUGCAUCCACUGCGACCAAGGUUGCUGAACUUACUCUUCAAAGCUUGUUUUGCAGCACGAAAAUAUUCCACAGUAAGUAGUUGACAGAGAAAAUUGUCAUCUAGCAGGGGUUAUUCACAGCUUGAAAGAGCUCUUGCAAUGUAACUGAUUUAGGAGUACUGCUGAUCGAUGAAGGUUGAGAAUUUACAUAAACUACUUUGCGUAUGUUGUGUUUAUGUCUGAUGUAAAUCUGCAGGAAGAGGCAGUCUCGUAUGUGCGACUUUGGGCUAGAGGAUGAAAAUUUAGCUGAUUAGAAUUUUCCUCUGUACUGGACCAUAAUUUUGUUGUGAGGGGCGUCGCAAAUUAUAAGUUCCGGGGAAGCUCUUUGGUAAUUUAUAUCUUUGCUGACUU